AUGGUGUUCAAGUUGAGCUACCACCUUCGCAUGUCCUCGUUCAAGAACCAAAACUCAUCACAACAGACCACAGGCGCCACCUCCAAUUUUGAAAUCCGCACGAGGCAGAGGCUCCAAUUCGAACUCCUAACUUACCAAAACGACGUCGCGUCCCACACUUUGCUCGAUGACGUGGUCUCUCCAUUGUUGACCACAAAGAGCCUCAUUGUGCCUCCCCGCGUCAUAGUGUCGCCCACACUGCGCCAGCUCUUCGUUCGCAAUGCGCUCGCAAGUUUGAGUAUCAACCACCGCGUGUGCGAGCGUGUCGGGCCGAUGAUAGAGAACAGAAGUAUGUGA